AUGGUUUGGGAUCGGAAGCUGUUGCGGCGGAAGAAAUUAAGUGCUCCGGGGGCUCCCCCGAUGAGGACCCUCAGUGAAGACCCUCCCCAAACUCAAGAAAACACACAAGAGGCCUCUCCUUUCGAAUUAUUAAUCUCUUGGGAUUGCUGGCCCCACAGCCCCACAGAGGGGCCCCCCGGGGGCCCCCAGGGGGGCCCCCCAGCCCCCGGGGGCCCCCCAGGGGGGCCCCCCGGGGGCCCCCAAAGCUGCGAAACAAUUCGUACCCAGGGCUAUGCAUUGGGGACGCAUUAUGUGUCGACAAGAGCUCGAGACAACUCCGUGCUGCACAUUGUGCUGCUGCUGCGGCACAGCAGCAGCAGCAGGAGCAGCAGCAGCAGCAGCAGCAGAAAGUUUGUCCUUAACUUGGGGGCCCCCGGGGCCCUCACGCCUUUGACCCUGGAGGAGCCUAUAGACUUCAUUCUCCCAGCCAACAGCACGCGGCGGUUUGUGUUUGAGUUGCCCGAAGGGCCUUUUGACCCCAAAGAACUUUGCCUGCCGCAGCUGCUGCAGCAGCAGCGAGCAGCAGCAGCAGCAGCAGCAGCAAAUGAAUUUAUUCCUUUUCUUGUUGCUGCUGCUGCUAUUGACGGGCCUCCCCCUGCCAUUGCCUGCUGCCACGCCGACAACGAAAUGCACCCCAACCCCGCUCUCGAAGCUGACAGCAGCGGCCUUGUUGCGCUGCGGGUGGGCAGUGACCCGCGGCGGCGCGUGGCUCCCUACGGGCGGUUCGUGUGUGCUGCUGCUGCUGCUGCUGCUGCUGCUGCUGCUGCUGCUGCGCUGGUGCGGCUGAGCGUGAGCAGCAGCAGCAGCAAACAAGACCCCCGCCACUUCCAGCUGCUGCAGCAGCAGCGCCUCAGCUUCUUCAAUCUGCUGCCUUUCGCCAAGUCUUGUCCUUACGAAGCAGCAGCUGUACAGACAGCAGCAGAUGGGGCCCCCCUGUUGGUUCAGCUGUACAGACAGCAGGGGCCCCUCCCCGAGGAGGUUUGUCUUUUUCCUUGCCAGCCCGCUGCCACUCCUUUGGCUUUUUGCAAGGAGCUGCCGCCCCCUGGCCCCGCGCCUGCAGGCUCGCUGUGUGUCCGCCGCAGCAGCAGCGAAGCUUCUGAAUUGCUGCUGCCUCUUUUGUCUCCUCUUCCUUCUUUCUUUUAUGCUCUUCGCUUCAAGACUCCAGAGGCCAGCUCCAGCCUCUUCGCAGCAGCAGUUCGGCGAGUGGGUGCAGCAGAUGUGCGGCUGUCUUCUGUGUCUUUGCGAAAUGGAAUUACUUUUGUUGUUUAUUUAAAAAAAGAUUUUGCUGCUUCAGCAGCAGCAGCAGCAGCAGCAGCAGCUCUCAGCAGCAACUUGCUGCAGAUGGGGCCCCUCGCAGCAGCAGCGGCGCAGCAGCAGCAGCAGCAGCAGCAGCAGCAGCAGCAGCAGCCAGCGGGGGACUUUGAAGGCGAAUUGGGGGGAGAAUUCGAAAACAAACUGGAAGUUCCUCUCGAGGAAAACGCAAUAUUUUGGCCGGAGGUCCGCGAGGGUUUGGUGCCCUCAGUCAGCAGCAUCGAUUUGCUGCCAGCAGCAAACCCUCGCGAGGGUUUACAGGCGGCUUACGUGAUUGUGGCUGAGGCUUACAAUGCAGCAGAAACCCCAGCAGCAGCAGCAGCAGCAGCAGCAGCAGCAGCAGCAGCAGCAGCCGGGCCAGCAGCAGCAGCAGACGGGGAAGAGGCGCCUGCCGCCGGAACCGCGUCUCCCGCAGCAGCAGCAGCAGCAGCAGCAGCAGCCCCAGCAGCAGCAGCCCCAGCAGCAGCAGCAGCAGCAGCCCCAGCAGCAGCAGCAGCAGCAGCAGCAGCAGCAGCAGCACAGGAAGACACGUUUACUUUGAUGUGCAGCUUUUUGAAAAGUGCAAUUCCAAUUGCUGUUGGAGAAACAGCAAAAGGAGUUUUGAAAAAAGAUGAAGAAAGGGUUUUCGUUUUUACUCUCACAGACCCUGACAAAGAUGUUCUUCUUUACCUCGACAGUGAUAAUGCUGCUGCUGCUGCUGCUGCUGCUGCUGCUGCUGCUGGUGAUAAUGCUGUUGCUGCUGGUGAUAAUGCUGCUGCUGCUGCUGCUGCUGCUGCUGGUGAUAAUGCUGUUGCUGCUGGUGAUAAUGCUGCUGGUGCUGGUGGUGACGCUGCUGCUGCUGGUUAUAGUGCUGCUGCUGUUGGGGACAAUGCUGCUGCUGCUGCUGGUGAUAGUGCUGCUGCUGCUGCUGGUGAUGCUGCUUCUGGUGAUGCUGCUGCUGGUGCUGCUGCUGCUGUUGCUGCUGCUGCUGUUGCUGCUGCUGAGGAUGCUGCAGUUGCUGCUGUUGCUGCUGCUGAAAAUGAUUUUGCUGCAGCUGAUGAUGCUGAAGGCGUGGGGGACGUGGACAUUUACUUGGGAACUUCUCGAGAAAUAAAUCCGGAAAUAAAUUCUUCAUUUUUAUUUUAUUCCAACGACAGAGGAAAUGAUUUGCUGCUGCUGCUGCACAGCCACCCGCGCUUCCGCCGGCGCUGCAGCAGCAGCACAGUGGCGGUGCAGGGCAGCUGCGUCUUCUACGUGCUGCUGACAGCAGCAGCAGCAGCAGCAGCAGCAGCAAACCCUUUCGCGCUGACCCUCUCCCUCCAAACCCUCAAACCCUCCUUCCUCGCGCUAAACCACCCCGUGGCCCAAACCCUAAACCCUCGAGUCCCCGCCACUUUCCUCUUCACUGACCUCAACCCGGACUACGACUACAGACUCACGCUGAACGUGGAGUCUGGGGCGGACAUGUUCGUGGCGCUGCAGAAGUUCUCGGAGUUGCAAAAAGAAAAUCUUUUGAAAGAAGGAGCAGCAAAUUGGUGGACUGAGGGUUUGCUGCAGCCUGAGGUGUACGUACAGCGCACGCAGCUGGCCCUCCGCAGCAGCGAGAUCGGCUGCACCUUCCCCACACCAGCUGCAGCAGCAGCAGCAGCAGCAGCAGCAGCAGCAGCAGCAGCAGCGGAGGAGGAGGAGGAGGAGGCUAAGGGAGCGGAACCAGCAGCAGCAGCAGCAGCAGCAGGAGGGUCCGCGGAAAGACCAGCAGCAGCAGCAGCAGCAGCAGGAGGGUCCGCGGAAAGACCAGCAGCAGCAGCAGCAGCAGCAGCAGCAGCAGCAGCAGCAGCAGCGGGGAAGGGCGUGUCGGGUUCGCAGUGCGUGCUGCGGGUGGAAGUGAGUUCUGUGUCCGGGGGCCCCGCUUUGCUGCUGCUGCAGGGGGGCCCCUGGGGUGCUGCUGCUGCUGCUGCUGCUGCUUCGGGGGCCCCGCAGCGGGGGCUGCUGGGGCGGCUGCUGCAGUUCUUCGAGCUGUACGUACACCCCGAGACUGCAGCAAACGACCCCCACGCGCUGCUGCUGCUCGCCUUCGACUUUGCUGCUGCAUGCAGCCCCUUUUUGACCAUUUCUUGGCCAGAUGGAUUUGCAAAAACUUGGAAAAGUCCCAACAACAAACGCAUCCGCAUCCGCAAGGCCGACAGGCCCUGGACCCCAGGCAGCUUCGUCUUCGUGGUGGGGGACCCGGGAAUGGAAGAAGGAGCUGUUUGUGGUUUUGAACUGACAGCAACAAUUGUGUCUUCUGAAGAAGAAGCAGCAGCAGUUAAAGUUUUGAAAAGUGGGGCCCCACAGUUGGGGCGGAUUCGGGGGGGUGUGGGGCAGCACUUCCUGUGGACGUACACUCGGGGCGCUGCUGCUGCUGCUGCUGCUGCUGCUGCAGCGCCCGCGCUGCAGGCCGCAGCAGCAGGCAGCAGCAGCAGCAGCAGCAGCAGCAGCAGCAGCAGCGAGGACAUGGUGGUGGGCACGGCUGGGGCCCCACAGGGCUCGACUACGAAACUGCAUGCAACCCCAGAAGCCUGUGGGAAGGCGGAGGCUCCGCGGGAAGUGUUGUUUGCUGUUGCAGCAGCGCAGCAGCAGCAAAGUUUGUACUUGCAUGCGCAGCAAGAAGUGCCUUUGGAUUUGUUUUUUGAAUCUUUUUUCGAAUCCAACGGAUUCAAAGUUUUGCUGCUGCCGCUGCAGAACGCAGCAGCAAAUCUUUCCCUCAAACUCAGCUCUUCAGACCCGCAGCUCGUCCGCCACUUUGCUGCUGCUCUCGACUUCAGCCCCGAGAUCCUCCAGAGACCUGAGCUGUUCUCGGAGGAGGACUGCGUGCUGCCGGACCAGUCGGAGGGCCACGAGCCAGUGCUGCAGUUCACAGCGCGGGAGCAGGGGGCUUUUGUUGCACUUGGAGAUGCUGCUGCUGCUUCUCUUUAUUCUGUUUCCAAAGACAGUCCAGCUUUCUUUUGCUUCGAAGCAGAGGCUGCUGGUGGGCACCUAAUAGUGACGUUGGAGCCAGACCUUCGGGGCGAGCCAGCAGCAGCAGCAGCAGCAGCAGCAGCAGCAGAGGAGGGCGGCGCAGCAGGCUCCUCCGCAGCAGCAGCAGCAGCAGCAGCGUACAAGCGCGCUGCUGCUGCUGCGCUGCAGUCCGUUCAGGUGUACGUACAGUCGUGCAACAACGAGACCUUCGCGAAGAGCAUGUGGGCGCCGACUUUGCGGCCUUCUGCUCAGCUGUAUACUGACAAAGGACAUUUAAAUGAAUUUAAUCAAAUUGUGGCACUUGUUGAAAACAAUUUGCAUCUUUUCAACAGUCCUUUGUGUCAGUACCGCAUUGGAGUUUAUGCUGCUGCUGCUGCUGCUGCUGCAGCAGCAGCAGCAGCGCCGGAAGCAGCAGCAGCGGCGGCGGCGGCGGCGGACCCCGAGGCGGACCCCGCUGCUGCUGCUGCUGCUGCUGCUGCUGCUGCUGCUGCUGCAGCGCCUGCUGCAGCGCCCGUGUUCUUCAGGAUCCGUGCUGCGCUGCAGCAGCAAGCUGCUGCGCUGCUGCUGCCGCUCAGCUGCCCCACUCCCGGCUUUCUUUCGAAGAAGCCGCAACUCAAAUCCCAAUUUAAUUCAAAAGGAAUUAAAAUGUUUAUUUCCGACUUCGCUCUCAUGCGCAUUUGGAAACACAAAUUCAAAAAACAACAACUCCUCAUCACUCUGCAAGUAAGCAGCAGCAGCAGCAGCAGCAGCAGCAGCAGCAGCAGCAGCAGCAGCAGCAGCAGCGGCAGCAGCAGCAGCAGGUUUGCUGCUGCUGCGCUGCAGCAGAGGCAGCUGGGCUGCAGCGGGAACGUGAACUUCACGUGGGGCAAAAGCCGCGUGGGAGUUCGGGAAGAUCCCGGAAAGAAUUCUUGGCUUAUUGGAGAACUCCAAAAGGAGAAAACGGAGCAGCAGCAGCAGCAGCAGCAGCAGCAGCAGCAGCAGGAAACCCUCAUCAGCCAGGGACGCGUCAGCAGAGUGGUGUGGGGCCCCGAGGUGAACUACCUGGGUGCUGCGCUGCUGCCGCUGCAGCAGCAGCAGCGGCUGGGGUUUGUGGGGCGGCGCAGCAGCAAAUACUCCGUGCUGGUGGAGCCGCUUGCUGCUGCUGACUGCCUAGCAGCAGCAGCAGCAGACCUGCAGGUGUCGGAGGAGUGGGCGUGCGCUCCUGCUGCAGUGGCAGCAGCAGGAGCAGCAGUGGAGGAGCCCUUUGUGGUGUACGAACUCUUCGUGGCGAAAGCAGCAGCAGCAAGCAGCAACUGGAGCAGCAGCUGCGGCAUUUACCAAGACACGCAGCAGCAGCAGCAGCAGCAGCAAGCAGCAGCAGCAAAAAUCUCCGUGCCUCCAGGCCUGCUGCAGCACUCGCUGCCCCUCGACUUCACAGACACAGACGCCUACAGGCACGCAGCCAAUUAA